UAUUUACGACGGUAGCUAUGAUAAUUUAACAACCUUCAAAUUGGCUCUUUAUAAUAGUCUCGCCUUCAUUAAAGCAAUUAGUAACAGCGCGUCUUUUGGUUCGUCAAAGUUACUACAAAAAAUUGUCGGAAUGAAUUUUGGGUUACCAUUCCUCUUCUUCGUACUACUCCUCCAACUGGCACGGGCGGCCGAAGAUCCAGCCGAAGAAAUUCCCGCCAAAAUCGAAGAAAUUUUCCGUUUGCCUCGAUGGGCGGAUUACUAUAAUCCAGGUCGCACCUACUACUCGAAUCCGUUUUAUAGGUCACAAUAUAACGGACAGGUGUACGUAACCGACGGAUAUGGGCAGACAAGGCUGGCCGGAUCGUCGUCUUCAAGAGCACGAGCGCUUAAGGUGGAGACGAACCUUCCGGUGCCUCAUAUAACGAUGUGUAGCGGCUCGACGUGCGGACAUAACGCCCACUGCACUACGAUCGGAAAUAGGCCGGUCUGCUCGUGCCUGAAGGGGUAUACGGGGGAUGCGCUCUACAACUGCGUCAGGGCGGAGUGCCUGGACAGUAGUGAGUGCCGAGGUCACUUGGCUUGCAAGAACCAGAGGUGCGUGGAUCCCUGCCAAGGAGUGUGCGGGUCGAAUGCUCACUGCGAGACCAGGAACCACAUUCCCACGUGCACAUGUCCUCCAGGUUACACCGGUGACCCCUUCCAGCAUUGCAGGCACUUCAAUCCAGAGGAGCUUUGUCAUCCCAGUCCCUGUGGAGCCAAUACGAAUUGCGAGGUUGUAAAUAAUAUACCCACUUGCAAGUGCCAACCGGGAUACCACGGCUCGCCGAUAGCCGGCUGUCGGCACGAAUGCGACAGCGACUCCGACUGCGGCCACCACCACGCCUGCAUCGAAUUCAGAUGCCAAAACCCCUGCGCCCAGUGCGGGCAAAAUGCGGAGUGCGACCUGGUGCAAAACCAUGUGCCUCUCUGCAAGUGUCCAAGGGGUUACUUCGGAAAUCCGCUGUCUUCUUGCCAACCUGAGUGCACCCAACACAGCGACUGUCCCCAGUCGAAACCGGCCUGCUUCUACAACUCGUGCAAAAACCCGUGCGACGGCGUCUGCGGCGUCAACGCCAACUGCGAACUGCGCAACGGCAUCACCCCGGUCUGCUCGUGCCCGAAGGAAAUGACCGGCGAUCCAUUCACCAUGUGCCGACCCUUCACCAAGGAAGACCUUUGCCAGCCGAACCCGUGCGGUGCCAAUGCGAAGUGCCAACCCGGAUACGACCGGUACAACAAGGAGCGCCCGGUUUGCACGUGCCAUCCCGGAUACAUCGGCGAUCCUAUCACUGGGUGCAUACGCGGGGAGUGCAUCGAUGACAAUGAAUGUCCCGACCACCAAGCGUGCUUUGAAUACAAGUGCCAAAACCCUUGCCGCGGACAGUGCGGCACCAACGCCGUGUGCAACGCGCGAAAGCACGUCGCCGUCUGUACGUGCCUCGACGGGCAUAACGGCGAUGCCUUGUCCCACUGCUACAGGGUCGAAGGCAGCGAGGUAAAGGUGUCUGGAGCGUACUUCUGCAGCACCUGUUGAUCUUCCGUUAUUAUAACUGUCAUUAACUGAUUGAUUCUAUUAAAAAAGUGCUCCUAGUGUUACCUCCAUCCACAUUCGUCAAUUGACCCGUGUUAAUAAUUCAGAUAAUAAGAUAACAAAUGGACCUCUUCUCCCGUGUGUCCAUUGCACACGAAGAUGGAUCAAGCUUUGCCAUCCUACGAUUAAUCAAUGUUCUAUUUAUUUCUGUUAAUAGAUUUUUUGGUUAAUCGAUUCGCUAAUUGACGAUGUUUUUAUAGGUUAAGUGAUGUCAAAUUAAUGACAACCUCAAAAUCAAUUCCUCGAUUACUCAGUUGUUAUUGAUUAUUUAAUUAAACUGCCAAUUAAUUGGA